AUGACCGUCGAUAUCCUCUCAUGGCUGCGCCUGGUCGACGAUAGUCCAUACCCUCACGAGCUCGACCUAGUGAAAUCGCCAAAAGCUACACGAUCGACUCGCAAGCGACAGCGCAGCUGCAGCUCGACCAGCUCCCGUCAUCGACCAAUCUCCAAACCUCCUACGAAUGAUUUUACACAUCCGACACCUCCUCCAGACUCUCCAACAUCCUCCAAAGCGCAGGCCGAAAUGGCACCAACAAAGAAACGAAAGACUACCAAAGACGCAGUCCCAAGUCCAAGUCCAGACGAGGCACAAUUCGACGAUGACGGUGAACAAGAAAAGACCCCCAGACCUCUGCGGAACGUCCAUCUCCCCAGCGAUACAUCGUCAAUGUCCUCAGCGAGCGGUCGAUCGGGUGCUUCAUCGCCACGAAAGCAACUAGCGGCCAUGGCUCUAUCCUCCCACGGCAUCGAAACACGAGCCAUGUCUGAUCCAUCCGGCCUCCCACCAAGUCUAGCCGAAGUACGAACCAAGUUAUUGCAGUUCAGUCGAGGACGGGGCAUUCUUGGAGAGAAGGACCUGGAGAGCAUACGAGACGAAGCCGCUGCGAGGGCGUUACAUCCGGACAUGGCUGCUAUUUACGAGGAUAAAGAAUUCUGCUGCUCCACGCGUCGCGAUGAAUUGGGCGUUACACCGAGCCCUGAAGAUGUGGUGUAUAUUCUUGAGUGCGCGGGCGAUUGCCUUCGAAUGGGGAGGUCUGAAGCAGCGUGGAAUCAUGAGGUUCACUUCUCUCUGCUGUGCUUGGCCCUUCGGAACCGAUCGAAGGGUGCAUUCAAACGACUCAUCAAUGUGACGUCGUGUUCAUCCGCCUCCAUCAUCCCCGACUACCGCAUCCGCUUCGCACCCCAUAAGAAGAUCGACUUCUGCGUCUAUCUCGAUCCUCACCACGAUCCCAACGAUACAAACAUUCCCAGCACCAUCGACACCGUUCGCACGCGUCUUCCAGGACUGUCAAUAAACCCAACCGAUGAUCUAUCGCUGUUGAGCAAUCCAAUCGCCAUCCCCAUCGAGACUAAGCGUCCCGGCGAAGGCUUGGAUACUGCCAACCUUCAAGUCGCGACGUUUUUAACAGCGCAUUUGACGCUUCUGCAGCGACUUGUUGACGCUGGUGCUUCUGUGUCCGUUGACGAUGGGGAGACGGCGCCUUCGGUUGAUGAUCUGGGCUUUUUGCCUGGAUUGAUCGUGCAGGGAAAUACGUGGAAUUUUAUCGCAGCGAGUCGUCAAGCUUCUCGAACCGUGAUCUGGUCAGAGACAUCACUCGGUUCGACGGGCGAUAUAUUCGGCAUCUACCAAAUCGUCGCAUCGUUACAAUUACUGCGUCAAUGGAUCAGUACGACAUAUUGGCCCUGGCUACGACGCGUUACGCAGAGAGCUGCUACAGCUGUUCAAUUACGCGAUGACCCAGCUGGAUGA